AUGGCUCCAUUCGGUAAAAUCUGGUCCUAUAUGCCCAGUCCUCGGGUUAGCAAGGUACAAAAUCAACUCAAGAUAGCCAACCUCAGCGGCCUAGAACUAGAAAUUUCCCAAGGCUUUGUCCUGCACAAAGACAACCAGACAGAAGAAUAUCUCUCGAAAUUCCCACUGGGAAAAGUUCCAGGCUUCGAAGGCGCAGAUGGAACCCGUCUCGUCGAAUCCGAUGCCAUCGCGCAGUACGUCGCUGAAAGUGGUCCUCUAGCCGAUCAGCUGCUCGGUGCGACACCUUUGGAGCGAGCAUCAAUCCGAUCAUGGAUCAGUUUCUCGGACCAUGCGUUCUUGCGCGUUAUUCGUGAACUGGUUAUGUGGAGAUUUGGGAAGUGGGAGUAUGAUGGGGAGAGGGAGACGACGCAGCUUGCGUUGUUGGAGCGUGGACUUGCUUAUAUGGAGGGUCAUUUGCCGGGCCGAACUUGGUUGGGGGAGAAUGGGAGGUUGAGUUUGGGUGAUAUUACUGUUGCGGCACCUUUGCAUGUGGGGUUUAUGGUAAUUAUCGAUGCGGAGAUGCGUGCUAAGUAUCCGCUUGUGACGUCUUGGUUUGAGCGGGUUAUGGCUGUGGAGGGGGUUGGGAAGGCUAUGGGGGAGAUCACGUUUAUUGAGAAGCGACAGGUAUAUGAAGCAAAGGCGGAUGCUUGA